CAUAGUAUUGUCCUUUUAAUCUAUAAUAGAUUCACAAUCGGUUACACACGCGUAGAAUUAGAGGAAUAGGAUUCUAUUGUGUAUUACGAGCAUUGUUUACAUCACGGCAAUAUAACCUAUACGCGAACGACGUCGCAGAAAUUCGUGACAAUGGCUAAAAACGUAAAAAUCGGAACACACGAUGGUACUUUUCAUUGCGACGAAGCUCUUGCUUGCUUCAUGUUGAAGACGCUACCCAGAUAUAAAGAUGCAGUUAUAGUGAGGUCACGCGAUAUGAAUAUUUUAAAUACGUGUGAUAUUGUGAUCGAUGUUGGUAAAGAGUAUGAUCCUUCCAAGCAUCGUUACGAUCAUCAUAUGAGAGAUUUCAACGAGUCAGUAAGCACAGUAAUAAAGAAACCAGGUUACAAUUGGACAAUAAAACUGAGUAGUGCUGGCCUGAUUUAUUGCCAUUUUGGCAAUGAGAUUAUCAAACAUUUCAUUCCACAAGCAAAAGAUAGCGACGUAGAAAUGAUUUUUAAAUAUAUUUAUAAUACGUUCAUUAAGGAAAUUGAUGCUAUAGAUAAUGGAAUUACCAUGUUCCGCGAGGAACCUAGAUAUCAUAUCGUAACAGACUUAUCAUCUCGCGUGAAAUUAUUAAAUCCUGCAUGGAAUAGCAAGGAUAUUGAUAUUGAUAGUCAAUUUUUGAAAGCAGUUGAAUUAACCGGUCAGGAAUUAGUGCAACGUAUUCAGUAUGCUGCAUAUGUUUGGUUGCCUGCUAGGUCCAAUUUGCAGGAAGCUAUUGACAAACGUUUUGAGGCUGACCCUAGUGGCGAAAUUAUAGAAUUAUCACGACAUAUACCAUGGAGUGAGCAUCUUUUUGAGAUAGAAAAAGAACAAAAUGUACAGCCACCAUUAAAGUUUGUAGUUUUUGGAAAUAAUAAUGACUACAGGGUUCAAUGCAUACCUGUGGCACCUCACAGUUUUGUGUGCAGGCUGUUUUUGCCAGAACCUUGGGGAGGUUUACACGAUGAAACGCUUUCAAGCGUCUCUGGAAUCAAAGAUGCUAUUUUUGUCCAUUCAGAACUAUUCAUCGGUGGCCAUAGAACCAGAGAAGGAGCGAUGGCGAUGGCACGCAAAGCUCUUGAGCUAGGGAAAGCUAUUUGAUAAUAAAUCCAAUUAGGAACAAUUACAUCUUGGGAUUUCAAUUGAUCGAACGUAAAUUCCGUAUUUUAUAUCACGUUCCGUGUACUUAAAACAGAUUCAAAGUAUUUUAAGAGCCAAGACAGUGCACAAAAAUAAAUAGUAAUUUGUGAACAGAUUAUUUAUUAUGCGAAUCUGUCGUAUUAGGUCAUACAAAAAUAGCACGAUACUUUUGCUGCUUUAUUUCACACAUAUAACAUUCAGUUAUAAUUUUUACGGUACUUAAUAAAAAUAUCCAGAACAAAGGCAGCCGAUCAUUUUACACAGUUAUCCGUCCAUUUCAUAUUUAAAUAGUCCAAAUAUUGAAUAAAUUGACAAGAAAUUA